GUCUGCCUCCGAGCGUGUGUGUGUGUAUGUUGGAGGGAGAAAAGAGAUAAAGAGAGAGAGAGUAAGGGAGGGAGAGGCAAGCAGCGUUUCUUCUCCCCCCUUUAGCCUCCCCGUCUCCCUGCUCCCUGUCACUCCAUCCUUCCUCCCCUCUCCUGGACCACCCUCCAGCCCUGCUUCGAACCGGACCGAGACCCCCCCUACCACCCAGACCACCCCGGGACCCUUUGACUCUCCUCACUUCUCCGUCCCACCAAACAAAACCUCUGAGCAGGAAGUCCUCUCCUCUCUUCCCCUGGAGCGCUGUCUGUCAACAACUCAACUGCACCAUAUCCACUGAAUCCACCUCAACAGUGAUUUGAUCUAUUACACUUCUGCUGGGCAGGAGAGCAAAACGUCUACUCUCCCCAUUCUGCUGGAAGGCUGCCAGCCACAGGUCACAUGACCUGGAAGAAAAGACUUGGGAGACUUUUGGGACCCCUCUUCGCUUUAGCAUGGGCUGGUAAUCAACCUGAAGGGACGUCCAAAGGCUGAUGAACUGACCUGCGUCUGUGUGAGUCCUGUAUGCCCUGGGAAUACAACACCUAGCGCAAAUCUGGUGACUGGCUGGCUGGUGUACCACCCUACCCCUUCUCCUUCUGAGGACAUUCCAUUCCAGGACGGUGCUUCGGUCUCACUUCCCCCCAGCAUGGAGAUGGAGCCCACCAAAGUCCAGUCAGAGGGUGGCCUCAAUGUCACCCUUACCAUCCGCCUCCUCAUGCAUGGAAAAGAGGUUGGAAGUAUAAUUGGAAAGAAAGGGGAAACAGUAAAAAAGAUGCGAGAAGAGAGCGGAGCACGAAUAAAUAUUUCCGAAGGCAACUGUCCAGAAAGGAUUGUCACCAUCACCGGACCGACAGACACCAUCUUCAAGGCCUUUGCUAUGAUUGCCUACAAAUUUGAGGAGGACAUAAUCAAUUCCAUGAGUAACAGCCAAGCAACCAGCAAGCCCCCUGUCACCUUAAGGCUUGUAGUGCCAGCCAGCCAGUGUGGCUCCCUCAUAGGUAAAGGAGGCUCCAAAAUCAAAGAAAUGAGAGAGUCCACAGGGGCCCAGGUCCAGGUAGCAGGGGACAUGCUGCCCAACUCCACAGAACGUGCAGUGACAAUCUCCGGAACCCCAGAAGCCAUCAUCCAGUGUGUCAAACAAAUCUGUGUGGUCAUGCUGGAGUCUCCACCAAAAGGUGCCACCAUCCCUUAUCGCCCAAAGCCCGCCUCCACCCCAGUAAUUUUUUCUGGUGGCCAGGCCUACACAAUUCAGGGACAGUACGCCAUACCACACCCAGAUCAGUUGACCAAGCUCCACCAGUUGGCUAUGCAGCAAACCCCCUUUACCCCUCUUGGACAGACCACCCCUGCUUUCCCUGGUUUGGAUGCCAGUCCACCAGCCAGUACCCAUGAACUCACCAUUCCCAAUGAUCUAAUAGGCUGCAUCAUUGGACGCCAGGGAACCAAAAUAAAUGAGAUCCGACAGAUGUCUGGAGCGCAGAUCAAAAUUGCAAAUGCCAUGGAGGGCUCGUCAGAGCGCCAGAUCACCAUCACAGGGACUCCUGCUAACAUCAGCCUGGCUCAGUAUCUCAUCAAUGCCAGGUUCAGGGACGUGGCUGCCAUGUGGAAUGACCCCUCAUCCAUGACUACAUCCUGAAGUCACUCCAAAUCUGCUUCUGUUUGCAGAAGUUAACAUCAAACCACCAUUUCACAAUUAACCUCUAUGUGUUAUCCCAUGGAACUUCCCCUAGACUCCCUUGGCUUUGCAUAACACUUUAGCAUAUGCCUGUGGGAGACCUGAAGUAAAAGUCUGACUAACAACACUGGGAUAUGUUUUAAUGAAUGUAGCCAGUGUUUGGUUAAGAAUAGUUUGACAUUUGUGGGAUAUUUAGUUAGUGUUGUUGUUUUUUGCUUAGAGUUAGAUAAGGAGAUCCAUACCACUUUCAUCUUCUUCAGUUAAAUAUGAAGCUACAUCCAAGAGACGGUUAGCUUAUCUUAGCUAAGGCUUAUUGUGCAUUUAAUUUGUCCUAGUAAGUCGGAAAUCGAAGCUGGGAAUGAUAUCACUUUCUAGUUGACCGCCUGCCAGUAGGCUACAAGUCGAAAACAAAGCUCUAGCCAGGUUAGCUUUGUUAGUUAUUGUUACUAAUGGGCUACUAGUUGCUAACAUUGCAUUACGUGAUAUUUACAAACAACGUAGCAAUAUGUCCACAAAAGUUGGACACUACUGUGUGUAAGAUUGGUUUAAUGACAUAUAUACGACAGCUCUAAUAUACACUAGGCUAUAUUGCUACAGCUUUUAUUUAGUUAACGCGUGUGGCAGCCAUCUUGGAUUUUGAGGUCGGGGUCGGUAAUGUUUUCCUGACUUUCCGAGUUGGAAAACUUGACUUCAGGGAGAGUUCCAGUUGAAACUCUGGGAACUUGAAAACUUAAACUUGCCUGGCUCAGUCCAAAGUUAAAAUACCAUACCAGCACCACUAAAGCUAACUAAAGUUACUGCUAGUGAUAUGAUAUCAGGCUACUUGUAAUAAAUUACACUUGAACUCUAUGAAUUAAACAAACAAGCUGCUAGUAGGCAUAUUCUGCUACCUUAAGACAGAGCCAGGCAAGCUGUUUCCCCUGUUUCCAGGCUUUAUGCUAUGCUAAGCUAAGCUAACCAUCUUUACCCUUAAACAUGACAUGAAAGUGGCAUUGAUCUUCUCAUCUUACUGCAAAAAGGGAAUUAGCAUAUUUCCCAAAAUGUCAAACUAUUCCUUUAUGUAUUUAUUUAGCAUGCUUCAUUCCAAGAAUAAUAUGUUUGUUUUUUGUCAUUACUAUAGGCCUAUUAGAUACAUAUCCUAUCAAGUCCCAUUUUGUCAUUGUCUGGAAAGAGUAAAAUUAAUAAAAAAUGCAAAAUGAAGAAAAAAGAAAAGAAAAAAGACAAAACACAUGACUCUCGAGCAAUGCUGUUAGAAAGAAGAGUGAUGUGAUGCCUCUGUCAGGGAAUACGACAAUUUCUAAACAUUUCAUGACGCCACCAUUCUUUUCUGUCCACUGCAUGGCUUUAUGAGGGGGUUACUAUUGCAUGGUUAUGUUACCAUAUUUUUUUAUAAGUUAUGGUGUUUUAUGUGAAAAGGUACAACAAAAAUAUGGUAUCAAAUCUGUGUUAAAUCAAAAACUUGUGCCAGCAACUUUUUUUUAGCACAAAGCCAGCCAUUCCAGCAUUACUUUUACUUUCAAGCGAAAGUUCUUAUUUCACAGCUGUUUUAUUUUCUCUGUCUGCCUCCCCACCCUUCCCUUCCCCUGCUCCUGCUCCUCCCCCGCCUUCCUCAAACUGUUUUAGGCUGACGUCUGAAGUCACUGGAAUGGGCACACUCUAAUUUCUACCCAUCUUCCCUCAGUGCAUCACAUGACCUUUGAGCAAAUGGCAUUGCACCUAUAUUUAUUUUUCUGUAUUUGACUGUCCUGAUAUUUAUGUGACUUUUACUAUGAUUUCUAGUUUUUACUGUAAACAAGUGGAUCUGCACUGUUCCUUGGAUUCCUCACACCUAUCCGAAAACCCUGUUGUUUCUGUUUCUGAAAGGUUGCUUUACUUUUUUGCCACUCUAGUACCUUUCAUGGCAUCUCACGCACCGCGGGGCUUUGUUUUACCUCAUGUACGCGUCACCUGAAAGUGAAUGCAAAGAGAACCGAAAUAAAGGUUUACCAAUUUAAACCAAGGUUUUCUCUCCUCCGCCCCGUAUUCUAAUAUAUUGACACAUUCUUUAUUUCAUGAUUGAUGAAAUCAGCGAUCUACCAUGUGCCUGUAGACAUUUGCCUGCUUAUCUUAGUGUUGUGCGUACACUAGAUUGAUCUGCAUGACACACAAAACCUACUGCAUUUCCAAUUUAUGUGAAAUUCAAACAGGCAGAAAGAAAGACUAAAUAGUGGUAGGGCAUAGAACAAGCCGUGAACGGUCUAUUUAUCGUCACUCAUGUGUCACUCUGACUCCAAUUUGAAAUGUGUACAGGCCAAAAAACCACUGUAAUGCACAAAUAUCCGUCUUUACGAGUUUCAUGCGACACCUGACAAAAAGGUUGGGUGGGAAAACGAAAAUAAGCCAAGGAAAGGACUGCAGUGAAGCUUGCAAUCUAAAGGCAUGCUUCAAAUUAAGGCCACUUUAUUCACCUAUACUCAUAUAUAACGUCAUCAUGUUAUUCAUGCUGCCAUUUCAUAACAACCGUGUAUGAGACAUGAGACAUUUUGAAAGGUCUGAGUCUAGUUUAUAUUGCACUCACAUGUAGUUCAUUUAAGGCACAGUCAGUUUGGUAGACACAAGCCAAUUCCUGAUACGAAAAAAAACUGUUUUGCAGGGUGUAUCAGCCAAUCAAACUAUAUAGUCAUACAUGUCUACUACAGUAGCACCUUGGUUACACCACGUUGUGUAUUAGUUUCAGCUUGUCUUACUAACAAAUGCACAGAUACCCGACCUGUGUCCCUGUUCAAACUAAUGCAGAAUGUAUAACAAAAUGUGUUUUAACUUUGAUCAAUUAUAUGUUGUACUCAAUUAAAACACCUUUAACCCUUGUGCCUCACUGGGGAGAUUUUUGGCUUUUUAACUUUACAUUUUUUGAUCAUUUUGGCAAGGGUGUGAGUUUUUUAAAUUUAUUUAGGAAGUUCUAACUCCGCUCGCAUAAUAAGUCUAUAAUAAAGUGUGUUGCCAAAAUACAGAAGAUCUGACCCUUAAUGGACAAAAACAAUGUUUUAUCCCUCUGUCAUUACAGCAUGAAAACAUACAUUUUCUAAAUCAGGCUUUCAAUUUAGAGCCCUGUCUUCAAACUUGUAGUUAUUACUGUUUCCCACCAGAUUAAGACAUUUUCUCAUGUUUGCCCUGUGGAGGCAAAUACAAACUAUUUCCCUGGUUUAUUGCACAAGAAUUUUAAAUGCAUCAAAAUCAGUAUUGUUGCUAAUCGUCGACAUAUCCCAGACUCUGACAAAUAAAAAUCCCCCUCGCAUUUUGCAUACAGAAAAUAAUACAAUUUUAGUUUUUUGUUAUCAUAAAAAAACAACAGUGGCAAGGGUUUAAAUGCCUUAAAUUAAUGAAUAUUUGGUAGUAAUGAUCAGGACUGAAGGUGGUUAAACGAUUUAACAAAAACAUAAAUACAUAUACAUAUAAUAUUUUUAGGACAUCAGAGUAACUUUUGUUUGAGUAAGGCGCUAGGGUAAAGGGUGUCUUUUUAUUCAGGCACCUACAUUGGUACAGUAGAUGAUGAUGCAGAAUGAUGAAAAAAGAUUUGAAAUGCUUAUUUAUCAAAAUAAUUAUUUUAUAUUAUCUUAGAUAUCAAAUACAAAACAAUACUUUCUUGUAUGUUCUGUAUUUGAUUAGUAUCUCUCUAUAAGUCGCUCUCAUUUGAAAAUAAUAGGCUAUAAGAUAGAAAAUGAUGUCGAUAUCACUUCACAGUGAAACAUGACAAGUACCAUGACGUUAAUCUGAUGGUUGUGUGUUACUGAUUACAGGUAUCUACUAGUCGUUAUCCACUUCAUUAUAAUACAAUUACACGUUGCUCCAAUGGUAACUAUCGGAAUAAUGUUUGGGGAACAUUAUUUGGUCAUUGCAGUUUCGGCUCAGGUGCUUGGCUCUUUUGGUUAUAAUUGAUUAUUCGUGGUUUACGAGUGAGUAAAACAUGUUCGUUGUUGAAACAAGGCUGCUUUGCAUUAAGACAUCUACAUUUCACAUUCACACAUUGCUUCACCUUUACAUGACAAAUGUAAAUCUGUACAUUAGCGCUCAUCCGGCUGCAUCCGGAUGUGUUUCAGAUGAACAAAGUGAGGAUUGGCUGAUUGAGGGCUAAAAGGUUUUUAGUGGAUCAUUUAAAAACGUUCUGUCAUCUCCAGAAUCCGAUGAUUAAAGCAGUUUAAUAUGCUCUGUAAAGUGCACAUUAAUUAUUGGUGUUUGUAGGUUCAAGGUCUCUGCUGGUUGUGUGCCAGCCAAGAUGAAGUCAUGCUGCUUUACAGUCUGACCCAUUUGCAAACAUCUCAGUUGCCUUUUUGAUUGUCAUAUCUUUCAUAAUCAUGGCAUCGCUCAUGUGCUCGUCAUCCUACGUUGCGGUGUAAAUCAAACACCCUUUUGUUGUGUUUCUUUCGUCAUUUAACUGAUACAUUAACACUUGUUUCUGUUUCUGUGCUAGAGCAGCAAACGAUUAAAGGCUAGCACUAUAUGAUGAUGUUUGAGGAAAUGUGUCAGAUCAUGUUUAAGUUCAUCAUUUGCUUUUGGAAGGUCUGUAUUGGAUUUAUUAUUUAUUGAGGUUGAUACUGAAAUAUUUUGUAAAAAGAAGAGAAUAAAGUUUGUGUUUUUUCCCUUGA